CACGAGCCAUGGGCCAUGUGAGCACAUCUACACGAUUUGCCUGGUAACUUCGAAGCACCUAGCCGACGUGUGUACGGCACUCAGCUUAUGUUGGGGAAUUUGAUCCGGCCUAGGUCACUUGGCAGUUGUGGAGUUGAGGUGCAUACAGGAUACAGCUGCAUUAACUCUAACCUCCCCUAUUUCCGGACCGGCCAUAAGUAUUGAGCGUGUAUGUCACCGUUCACAGUUCACUUCCUCUUCCAUGAAGUUCUCCUGGUCCUCCACCACUCCGGCUCCCGGGCUUCGGCUCCCUCGCAGGCUCGCACGCACGCACAUAACCACUCUAUACAUAUCCUUAGCAUACCCACUCGCAUCUCAUCGCUUGGUGUAACGGCAGCGGGCGGCAACGGCAACGGCAGCGAGCGUCCUGAAACGAAACGAAACGGCAACCUUGUUUCUGCCAAACUGCUUGGGUGCUUGAAUGUGCUUGGUUGGGUGCUUGGUCCGAUGGCGAUGGGCAUUGGCAUGUGGCAUAGCACGGUCAGCGCUUGUGCUUUAACGCCAUCGCAAUAAAUAGCUCCCGACACGACAGUGUCUAUGCGCGCGGUAUAGAGUAAUAUGGUAG